AUGGCUUCCACUUCAAUUUCAACUAGACUUUUCUUGAUUUAUAUAGUUAUUUUCUUGACAUGCAAAGAUUUUAUUUCUUUAUCACUAGCCUUUCACAAAGUACCAUCUUCUGCGAUUUCAGCUGCACCUGCAUUAUUACCAAAUCCACCUUCAUCUAAUUCACCUGCUCUGUCUCCUGAUAUAAGUCAUCUUUUUCCUUCACCAGGUGGAUCUGAGCUUGCUCCUACUGAUUCAUCAUUACCCUUAAUUCCUUCUAGCCCCAGUCCUCCUAAUCCUGAUGCUAUGAUUGCUCCUGGACCUAUUUAUAUGCCGUUUACGCCUACUGAGUCUCUGCCGGUUUCCUCCGCUGCUUCUCUGUUUUCAUCUCUGUGUACAAUGUUGGUCUUGGGAUUGAUAUUGUCCUGGUUUAUGCAGCUCCCUGGUGUGUGA